UCGAUUCACGUACGACGAAUAACAAUCGGGUACCUAUAAAUACGUUUGUCAGUACAAAUCAAAGUCAGUACCCUUCUUGACUUUCGUUCAGUCGUACCAUUACUUUAAAUCCGAUCAGCAUGGUUAGCGAGAAAGUAGUUAUCGUACUGGUGAUAGGAGUAUUCGCGACGUGCCAAGGAGGCGCAGUUCCUGUCGCAGCAGUCCCAGGAUUUCCGGCUGUCGCCAAGCUUGCUUCAUUCGACCCAAGACUUAAUUACGAUCCUCAUCCUCAAUACACUUACGCAUACGACGUGCAAGAUGCUUUGACCGGGGAUUCAAAAUCGCAACAGGAGAGCAGAAACGGCGACGUCGUCAGCGGAAGUUACAGUUUCAUCGAGGCUGACGGAACUAGAAGAAUCGUCGAGUACACGGCUGAUUCUGUUAACGGAUUUAACGCGGUUGUGCACAGAGAACCGGUGGCUGUUAUUAAACCGGCUGUUAAGAUUGCCCCGGUAGCUUUCCAUUUUCAGCUCGUCGUAUUCUUAGGCUUGGCGGUCCUUUCAAAGGGGGCGGUGGUACCAGCGGUACCAGUGGCGUCUGCUCCGGUCGUAGCGGCUGUACCAACGGCGAGACUCGAGGAAUUAGAUGCACCGGCUCAGUACAGUUUCGCUUACGACGUCCAGGAUGCUGUAACCGGUGAUUCGAAGGCCCAAUACGAGACCAGAAACGGCGACGUGGUGCAGGGUAGCUACAGCCUGAUCGAGGCGGACGGUACCAGGCGCAUCGUCGAGUACACGGCGGACCCUAUAAACGGAUUUAACGCUGUAGUCAGUCGGGAACCAGCGACCGCGGUCGCCGCAAUCGCCGCGCCUGUCUUACCAUACGCACCUGCCAUCGCACCUUCUGCCGGAGUUGCACCUGUUUUGCCCGCUGCAGCUGCACCAGCGCCGGCUGUUCCGGCCAGUGGCCCGGACUCCGACGUGGAGGUUGUCGAGGCUAGAUCUGGUCCACUCGUCGCGGCUAUGCCGACCAGUCGGGACCAACAGCUUCGUCAACAGCAAGAACAGCAACUGCAACAGCUAAGAGAACUUGAAAAACAACAGCAGGAACAGCUGCAACAAUUGCAGCAAAGAUCUAGACAGCAACUGCAGCGACAGAUUCAACAGCGCCAACAGCAGCAGAGGAUACAGCAAGAACAGGAGAAUAAACAAGAGGGACAGGAAGAGCAACAGCAACAGCAACAGCAACAGCAAGGAGUGCCAGUGAGAGCUUUCGCUACACCUGUCCAGGUAGCACCGAAAGCUCAACGACUGGUAGGCCCGUCGCCGGUUAGAGCGGUCGCAAGUUACACGACGUACCCGAAUGCUUACGCCUACACCGCUGCCUAUUCCUCGCCUUUGGCUUAUGCAUCGCCCCUCGGCGGGCUUACCUACGCCCCCGCCAACGCCCUCCUUUAAAAUAU